AUUUUGCUGCUGUGUACUUAGUAUAGUAUAACUUUUAUUACCCAGAUGUAAAUUAUCAGUGUUAUACUAUAGAGCUAGAUGCAAACAAAUUAAGACUGUCGACCUAGAUAGUGUUUAUUUACGGCUCUUGUUGCGGCUUGUUUUAGAAUACGACUGCAAUAAACUUGUAAAAUUUGACAAAAAGCUUAAAGAAGUCGUCCUUAAUAUAAUUGGAACAUUUCUUUGAUUAAAUGAUGUCGAACAGUGGUGACAGCGAUUCAUCUUGGAUUUUCUAUAAAGAUAGGCCAGAAUGGAGUGAUGUGACUCCAAUACCAGAGGACGAUGGUCCAACACCUGUCGUUGUCAUUGCACACUCUGAAAAAUUUGAAGAUGUGUAUAACUACUUCAGAGCUAUAUUAAAGACCAAUGAAAAAUCUGAAAGAGCUCUGCUACUCACUAAAGAUGCUGUUGAAUUUAAUCCAGCCAAUUAUACUGUGUGGCAAUAUAGGAGAGAGUUGCUUAAAGAAUUAGGCACUGAUUUGAAAACUGAAUUGGAAUAUGUUGAGGCUGUUAUCAAACAGUCACCAAAGAAUUAUCAGGUAUGGCAUCAUAGAAGGGUCCUUAUUGAGUGGCUUCAAGACCCUUCUCUAGAGUUAUCAGUUACUCGUGAUGCUCUUCAACAAGAGCCUAAAAACUACCAUGCCUGGCAACACAGGCAAUGGGCUAUAAAGACAUUUGGACUUUAUGACAAGGAGAUGGACUUUGUGGACACUUUAAUUAAUGAAGAUGUCAGAAACAACUCCGCAUGGAAUCAGCGUUACUUCAUAAUGAACAACCACCUGGGCUGGUCCGAUUAUAAUGUUCAGAAGGAAAUAUGCUACACCUUAGAAAAAAUAAGGUUUGUUAAAAAUAAUGAGAGUGCAUGGAAUUAUUUACGAGGAAUAUUGUUACAUGAUAAGCGAGGAAUAAGUGGUAACGCAGUUGUAACAUCAUUUUGUGAUGAGCUCUAUAAAAAUAAAUGUCGGUCGCCAUAUUUACUUGCAUUCAUCAUUGAUAUCUGUGAAGAAAACCUGAAGAAAGGCGAGUCAAGCUGCGUGUAUAAUGCCGAAAGAGCAAUAGACUUAUGUCAAGCCCUGGCCACUAAGUAUGAUAAAAUAAGAUCAAAAUAUUGGAAUUAUUUUAGUGAAAAAAUUAAGGCAAUACCAAAUAUCAAACCCGUAGAACAAAAUAAUAUGGAGGAGUAAAAUUUGUUUUUGAAAGGAGCAAUAAAUCUAAAUAAAUAUUAAUAAAUGCAAAACUUUUUUACCAUACCAUUUUUAUUUUACCUUUUUUUACCCAUAGUAUAUCGGAACUUGUAAAAUUAAAUAUAUAUGUACAUUUAAUUCAGUGUUCGAUAAAUAAAGCCAUAAUCCUAUAAAA